ACCCUUCUUCCCGUCAACAUGCAGAAUAUAUAAAUGCUGUAUAUAUUGCAAUCGGAAAAACCCUAGCUCUCUUCUGGCUGCUGCCGGGCAACUUUUUAUUUCUAAGGAAUGGCUCCGAAGCAGCCAAAUACAGGCCUUUCUGUGGGCCUUAACAAAGGACAUGUUGUUACUAAGAAAGAGUUGGCGCCCCGCCCUUCUGAUAGGAAAGGGAAAACCAGCAAAAGAGUACAUUUUGUUAGAAGCCUUAUCAGGGAAGUAGCUGGUUUUGCACCUUAUGAGAAGAGAAUUACUGAACUUCUUAAAGUUGGAAAGGACAAACGUGCUCUUAAAGUAGCCAAGAGGAAGCUGGGCACUCACAAGAGAGCAAAGAAGAAGCGUGAAGAGAUGUCUAAUGUUCUUCGUAAAAUGAGGGCUGCUGGAGGCGGUGAAAAGAAGAAAUGAGUUGCAUGUUAAGACCUCCUCAUGAAAUUUUAGGUCGAAAAAACUGCUUAGCAAAAAUUUAUUUUAGUAUCUUUUUUGAACUGAAAAUUUUGAUUUUAUCAUUUUUAUUUUUAUUUGGAUGUUGAAGCACCUAGCCCUCAGCUUUUUGUAAUUUGUUGUUUUAGAAUGAGAAUGGUUCGAGAUUUCUAACGUUUAGAUUUUGCAACUAUUUUUACCAGGUGAAUUAAAAUGUAUUUAGGCACAUAUUACUGAUAUAUAGGUACUCUAGACUCUAGGGAUUCACCAAUAGUGGCUGGUCAAGGCAAUGAUGAAUAUCUUCUUCCUGCUAUGAUGAAGUCCUAAAACUAUGAUUUGGUGGAAUCCUGAAUCUGAUUCAGCAAAAUUGCAAAGGAUUUUCUGAGCGGUACUUAAUGGUUCUCUCAAUAUUUGCUAUAGUUUUGAAAUGUUGAACCCCAGGCCUUAUCCUUUUCUAAACAAUAGAUUCAUAU